AUGAAUCGGCAAGUUCAUUCAUCCAUGAGGAGGAGACACGCAGCUCAGCUCUUCAAAACGGACAUGUGCAAGUUCUUCUUGGAGGGUCGUUGCCAAAACGGAGAUGCCUGCUCCUAUGCGCACGAAGCCACCGAGGUCAGGACGAAGCCAGAUCUUACUAGAACUAGCAUGUGCAGGACAUUGCUCAGAGAUGGCGCAUGCAAUAACGACAAUUGCAGAUUUGCGCACUCAGAGUCAGAACUGCGUUCCACGCACGGUUUCUUCAAGAUGAAGAUGUGUGUGUUUGCACAAUCAGGCAAGUGCAAGCAUGGAAGCCAGUGUCGCUUUGCACACUCAGUGGACGAGUUACAUCCAGUGCAGCCAGCUGUGGAGGACGUGCUGUCCGCCUCCUUUCCAAUCGAGGAGGAGUCUCCUCAGAAAGAGUUUCGCUCGAUGCCUUCACGGCCAUCUCAGACAUACUCCAGUUCACAGCAGGAGUCGCAAGGAACGAGCGCCAGCACCACUGCCAAUGGUGGUAGCACCAGCGGCCAGUCAAGCAACGAAAACAGUGGUUCCGCCCCAACGCCACGUGCAGCCGAGGUAGACCCUCAGAGCUCCGAAGCACGAAGUCGCGCAUCGCUGCCAUGUUCCGCGUGGAACGAGCGUAAUGAGAGGAACGAGAACUCAGACGGAAGUUCCUGGGCAUCCGGCAACUCCAGUGUCACCGUGGUUCCAAGGAGCGAGCACACAGGGACCGGGUCCCCACCCGCGACGACGAGCGACAGUAGCAGCAGUGGUGCCGGGAAUGGACAGGCUGCCAGUUCGACAACAGGGGCACGCACAGGAGCCAGUCCUGAAGCUAAAGCCUCAGCGCGUCGGCCAACCAGGAGUUCGGCAAGCACUGAUAAUCACAGCACCAGCCCUCAGCAGGUGACGACGCUGCUGAUCAGCAAUGUCCCUACAUACCUGACGCAAGGUGCUCUCCUCUCCAUGUUCGAGGACCUGACGACUACCAUGCGCGGAAACUUCGACUUCUUCUACUGCCCUUGGGACCACAAGGCAGGGCACAACUUUGGCUACGCCUUGAUCAACUUCACUGACGCUGGUCACGCGUCUGAGUUUCAACAAGGGUGGACCGGCAAGGAGCUUUGUCGAUCUGGACGUGGGCCCAAACCACUGAAAGUGGUAAAGGCAUCACUUCAGGGUCUUCAAGCAAACGUCGCCUACUUUCAGCGCAUCGAAAUCGGUGGGCGGUGUCCGGACAUUCGCUUUCGACCUCUCUAUCGCGAUGAUGAAGGCAGCCUGAAGCAUCUGGCCAGACAGCCUGAUUCCGUUGCAGCGGAGACUGAAGCAGUGACCGCAGAGGCGGAGGCCUUAGUGCUGGAGAUUUCCCAAGAAGGAGACGCUGGGACAGGCGCUUCCGUGAAUGGGGCAGGUGGAUCGAGUCUCAGCACGCUGGUUUCAGGCUCGACCUUUCUGCCACCCCAGGAUGACCGAGCGUCCGCCGAUGGCACGCACAACGAAGAGCCGCGACGGCGCGGAAAGUAUCGCAAGAGGAGGCCAGAAGCGGCCGCACCUUCUGAGACGCAGGUUCAGGCAGAGGCUCAUCGGCUGCGACCGCUGCAGCAGCCUUUGCCACGGAAGCCUGUUUCAGGUGUGGAAGCACAGGAAUUACGACAGCUUUCGCUGCAGCAGCAGCAGCAGCAAGUCUUGAAAAUCAUGGAGCACCAUGAGGAGAAGUGGUUGCCCAUGCCGUGCUGGCAAAGUUCGGAGAUGAAGAGGAAACAAAUGCAGCAGCGAGAGGAGCGCCGUCCUCCCGUGCAAGUUCAGAGCUUCUUGUCCAAAGAUCCUGGAGGUGUGCUCCGGGACCUUGAAGCCACCAUGUCGCCGCAACUUCAGGUCAUCCAAGCUCAGCAAAUUCAGCUUCUGGCAGCUCAACAGCAGCUGCUGCAGCAGAUGCGGCAGUCCUCGCCCGCUUGGCCAACCUCUAGUUCCACGUUGCCCUUCCAAGACUGCGGGCCUUCCGAGGAUUUGCCACCCUUUUCUGUCCCAUCGGGAGCCGGGCAGUACCUGGUUUCACGCGUCCCUUCCGAGAUGCACGAGAGUGUGAACAUGGCCUUGUACAUGGCAAGCCAGACUAUGUCGACAAAUCCGCAACUCUCAAGUGCCGCGGGCCAGGUGCCGUUGGCAAUGGAGAGGCAACGCAGCGUAGGGACUCAAGGUGCAGGGACCCAGCAAUCCAUGCAAAUGGUCCCCUACAUGAUGUUUCCGGUUCAGGCUUUUCCCAUGACGUCAGAUGCGCAGCAGCGUUCAGCAGGCGCAGGCCUCUCGGGUCCUACCUGUGGAGGACUGUCACUGCUGAGCACGGAUGAAGUCUAUACGGACUGA